CUUAUUCAAAGUUGAAAUCAUAAUCAAAUAUGGCUAUGCAAACCUCUCUUCUACAAUUCCUCCUGCUCCUUAUCACCUUGCUAGCUCAAACCUAUAGCUUCAUAGCAGCUGAACAUAUCUAUACUCCCUUCAACCGGAGUUCUUUUCCAAAAGGUUUCAUCUUCGGAACAGCAUCCGCUUCUUACCAGUAUGAAGGUGCUGCAAAUGAAGAUGGGAGGGGCCCUAGUAUAUGGGAUACCUUCACUCAUAAUUCGCCAGAAAGAAUAACGGAUCGGAGCAAUGGAGAUGUUGCAAAUGAUUUCUACCACCAUUACAAGGAAGAUGUGAAGAUAAUGAAGGAAAUGAAUACAGAUGCUUUCAGAUUCUCCAUUUCGUGGUCUAGAAUACUACCCGGUGGAAAGUUAAGCGGGGGAGUGAACAAACAAGGCAUUAAUUUUUACAACAAUCUCAUCAACGAGCUCCUAUCAAACGGUCUGCAGCCCUUUGUGACUCUCUUUCAUUGGGAUCUUCCUCAAGCCUUGGAAGAUGAGUAUGGUGGCUUUUUAAGCCCUCGCAUUGUGGACGAUUUUCGAGACUUCGCAGAAGUUUGCUUCAAAGAAUUUGGUGAUCGUGUGAAGCAUUGGAUCACUCUAAAUGAACCAUGGACAUACAGUGGUAAUGGUUAUGCCUUGGGCUCACUUGCACCUGGCCGGUGUUCCAAAUGGGUAAAUGCAGCAUGUCAGGCCGGAAACUCCGCCACUGAACCUUAUAUUGUUGGUCACCAUUCGCUACUUUCUCAUGCCGCAGCUGUCAAACUAUACAAGCAAAAAUACCAAGCGAUUCAAAAGGGCAAGAUUGGGAUAACACUGGUGUCUCAUUGGAUGGUACCUUACUCCAAAAAGAAAGCUGAUGUUGAGGCAGCAUAUAGAGCCCUUGAUUUCAUGUUUGGAUGGUACAUGGACCCAAUUAUCUAUGGUGAUUAUCCAUUCAGCAUGAGAAGUAUUGUGGGACAAAGGCUCCCAAAGUUCACCAAGGAGCAAUCAGAAAUGGUUAAAGGAUCUUUCGAUUUUAUUGGUAUAAAUUACUACACUGCACAAUAUGCAGCUAACGUUCCUGUUGCCAAUACCGUCAACAUUAGCUAUUCAUCAGAUUCUCUUGCUAAUUUGACCACCAGUCGCAAUGGCAUCCUUAUCGGUCCACAGGCGGCUUCAAGUUGGCUACAUGUCUAUCCAAGGGGGUUCAGAGAUCUUCUACUAUACGUGAAGGAAAAAUACAACAAUCCUCUUGUUUACAUAACUGAAAAUGGGCUUGAUGAAUUCAAUAAUGCAACCUUGCCGCUAGAGCAAGCCCUGAAGGAUCCCAUGAGGAUAGAUUACUACCACCGCCAUCUUUUGUUUCUUCAAAGGGCUAUUAAGGAGGGUGUAAAUGUGAAAGGAUACUUUGCAUGGUCACUCUUAGACAACUUUGAAUGGGCCUCUGGUUAUACAGUGAGGUUCGGCAUCAACUUUGUCGACUACAAAAAUGGCAACAAAAGAUAUCCGAAGCAGUCGGCCAUUUGGUUCAGGAAUUUCCUACAGAAAUAGAUAUAGCUACCUAAUCUGAAUAUCAUAUGUUAUAAUAAAAUAAUUAUGUUAUAAUUUUAGUUAAAGCACUUAUCUAGUCUUUUCGUUGUAUUUCUAUUUUCAUAUUUCUUGUUGAUAAAUCUCAUGUAUGGGCGUUGCCUUUAUCUUUCUUAUUA